AUGUUGCGACCCGCGACGCCGCUCACCAUUAUCUUCUUCCUCGCCUUCGUCCUGCUCCUGCUGAGCACCCUCACUACCCCGAUCAUCCAGGGAAUACCGCUGGCGAGUUAUCAGGGCUACAAUCUGGGUGUUUUUGGGUGGUGCAAGAAUGGGAGGUGCUUGCCGGCCACCAUUGGGUAUAGCACAGAUGGCCUCUUCACCGGCCCCGGCGCAGACGACUUCUCGCUGCCGCAAUCCACGCGCAACAGCCUCAGCUCGAUUCUCAUCGUUCACCCGAUCGCAGCUUUACUAACAUUAAUAUGUACGUGCCUCGGGGUCGCAGCGCAUUUCCAUGCGCCUUCUUCGUCUCCGCGCUACCUCCUCGCCCUGCUCAUCUUCACUAUCCCGACUCUGCUGGUCACGCUUCUCGCAUUCUUGGUCGACAUCUUAUUGUUCGUCCCGCACAUGAAUUGGGGCGGCUGGAUCGUGCUGGCGGCUACCAUCCUUAUCAUCGCAUCCAGCGUGGUGACUUGCGCAAUGAGGAGGACGCUUGUCAGCAGGAAGGCGCGCAAGAAGCGGAUAGAAGAGAAUGCGGAUAUGAAUGGGUCGAAUUACUACAACAACUUGAACCAAACCCGCAUGAUGACGGACUCAAGCGUACCUCCGCCUUCGACACUUCCGAGGGCAGAUUCGCCGCCACCGAUGUCUGUCGGCACUGCUGAUGAUGGGAAGGGCAUGCCGCAGUAUGCUGCGUUUGAGAUGAAGAAUGGGCAGUCGCGCGAUGGGACGGAUAUGAUGAUGGGGAGUAAUGAUGACCGAACGCCAUUGAAUCCGACGAGAGAUCCCAGCAUUCGUUCUCACAGCUCGCAUGGAAGGAGAGAGUACAUGCAGGAUGUUGCGCCACCGCCGAUGCCAAUGGGAAGACCUAGCAUGGAUAGCCAAGGACGGCCACGGAGACCGAGCAGAGAUCAGUAUGGCAAUCCGAUGGGACCACCAGAUAUGAACAUGCCAUUACGGCACCGAGCCAGCGAUGAGUCUUUCGCGUCGAGAGGAUCGAGAGGGCGGAGAGGAGGGUAUGGCCCGGCGCCGAGAGGCUAUGGAGCGCCUAGAGGUGGAUAUGGACCUCCCAGAGGAGGCUCUUAUGGGCCGAGGGGCGGUUUCAGGGGAGGUCCACCACCUCCUGGAUGGAGAGGAAGGGGCGGAUAUGGACCUCCACCACCAGGAAUGAGACCUCCACGACCCGCGCCACCUCCUGGCUACUCGAACGGCAGCUACUAUGAUGGUGGAUAUGCGCCAGGUCCACGAUCAGGGCCUUCGCCAACCAUGGAGCAGCCGCCUCCAGAUGCGUUCGUCGCAGGGCCAAUGAUAGGACAGGCGAUUGAGAUGGAUGAGCGGACAGGAAGUCCUGCGCAGCCUUCAAGUCCUACCAAUCAGGACCAUUAUGGGCAAGCUUACGGGUUGAGGGACAGUGACGCAGAUGUGGCAGGCUUAGUAGGACUGCAGCAGGAUCGAAGCGGGAGUCCGAUGAGGCGUGAAAGUGACAGGGAAGCCAGCGGGAUGCGGAGUCCGACGAGCAUGUACUCCAGUGACCAAACAUCCUACGUCCCCCCUCGUGCGCAAUGGGGCCCCUCCGACCACCUCCAACCCCAACGCCCCAACGCCUCCUCCCCGCUCGCCUCUAACAUGGAAUCCUCCCACUCCUCCAACCUCUCCCCCAUCGUCUCCUCCGCACCCAUCGGCACCGCACUGCCACCCCCACGCCACCGCCGCGCCGGCUCAGAGCCCUACUACGAGGACGUGGACCCGCGCUUCGCCGUCGAAGAACCUUCCGAUGAUGGGUACAUGAACAACCCGCACGCCUCGGGCCUCCCCACCGCUCUAACGCCCGGUGGCAUGACUCCCGGAGGGCUGGCGCAGACUAUGCCCGGGAAUUUCCCCGCUACCCCUGGCGCCCCCCAGCAGCAGCAGCAGCAGCAGCCAUCGGGCGGGCAUUAUGGCCAAUACCGUACGCAACCCCCCGCCCCCGACCCCGCCUACCUGCACCCCACGUACCCAGGGCCGUCCACUAACGGCCCUGACAGCGACGCACAUUUAGUCCCCGGCGCCGUGGACCCGAACACGAUCCCCAACUCCAACAGCUCGCAGGAGAACCUCCCCGAUGGCGCGCGCUCGCCUAACUACGGCGACGGCGGCAGCGAGCGGGCGAGCGAAGCUUCGCACUUCACUUCCAUCUCCGAGCGCCCGGUGAAUCCCAACUGGCGCCCCGCGUCUGUAUCAGGGAGCAGGGGCCCCGGGAGCGCUUACGGCGGAGGCGCCUAUCAAGGUGGACCGCCGCAAAGAAGACGAGAGGAUGUGAUUCUCGGCGGGAACCCGGAUUUCAGCAUCCCCGGCAUGGGACCCGCGAGAGGGGGCGGGCGGACGGGGAAUUUGGCGGGCGUGGGCAGGAAUCCGGGCGCUGGGGCGGCGGUGCCCGGGGGAAGGUAUCCGACUGAUAUUUAA